CGCUAUAAAAGGGGAUGCCGGAGGCGGGAGGCCACUGCAGUUGUCUCUUGCAGUCGCAGGGUGGGGAGGUGCGGGAAUAUCAUCUCCCGGUCAGCCUCCUUCUUGGGCACGCUUCUCAUCCUGCUUUUUCCGCCACCAUGACCACCACGACCACUUUCAAGGGGAUGGAUCCCAAUGGCCGGAGCAGCUCCAGGGUUCUUCGCCCUCCAGGUGGUGGCUCCAAUUUCUCCUUGGGGUUUGAUGAGCCAAAAGAGCAACCAGUGAGAAGGAACAAGAUGGCAUCCAGCAUCUUUGGGACUCCAGAAGAGAAUCCACCUUCCUGGGCUAGGUCAACAGCCAAGUCCAGUGAUAUCAGUGAAAGUUCUGAAGCGCUUGGGUCCCAAAGAAGAAAGUCUAUUGAUACAAACUGCGGAGACUAUAUAGAUCCGAAGGGUGGAGAAGUUGAGGUUCCAGAAACCACCGAAGCUGAAAUAGAAAUGGCUUCAGGCCUGAGUGAAGAAAAGCCCCUGCCAGCUGCGCCUGUUCCUAGCCCAGUAGCCCCUGCACCAUCUAGGAGAAAUCCACCUGGUGGAAAGUCCAGCCUAGUCCUGGGUUAAGCUUGACCCUCUUUGCUCCUAACUACUUGGAACUCAUGUCUGUCAUCUUUUUUUCGUUUUCCUUCCAUGCUUGUGAACUGCACAACUUGAGCCUGACUAUACAUCUCAAAUUAUCAUUAAAAAGAAGCACUUUAUGUACUUCAGUUUUUUAAGGAAGGUUCUCCCCUCCUCCC